UUUGUUUCUUUGCACAAACAAUGUACCACGUCGAACUCCUUCAGGGUGGGACAACUCACCUUACCCCCGGGUGGACCUAUGUGCCUGACAGGGGCUUCGGUCCAUCCAAAGCAGCCAUCACGCCCACGGUCGGCCGGAAACGAGGCAUUCGCGACCCUGGUGGCCGUGGAGACGUAUCAUCAAGACAAACCAAUGCGAUAAUCCGCCAUUUAGCGGAGCUAGACCGCGAGAACCACAAGGACGUCCACAUUCCAAUCCCAGUGAAACAAAAGGAUGCAGCCGGAAGAGGAACAAGAGGCAAAGUCACCUCAAACGUGCGCCGUAUCCUCCAGUCCCAGAAGACCUUCCGAAACUAUCUCGAUGACGAAGAAGCCGCGCUAGCGCAAGCCCAAUCAACGGCGCAGCGCCCCCCAGCCAACAAAAUAACGAAACCAUCAUCAUUACGAAGAAGUUCCACACCCGCUGCAACCCCGAGGCCUGAACCAUCGCGUCAAAAGAAACAGCCCGCCACCGUCCCUGCGUCCCAGAGGGCGUCGACAACACCUGCGGAGACGCAUGCAGAGCCACCCAGCGGAACUACAGAAGAUGCGGAGAAGGAGCCAGAGAAUAAGCAAGCACUCAUUAAAUCCGAGUAUGACGAUGACCCUCUCUUGAAAUCCUAUAUCCCUUCUGCGCCGUCCGAGCGUAUUAUGCAGGCCCUUCUUGCUGAGCCGCCGUUGACGUAUAAUGCUUCUCGCGCCCGCCCGCCCGUAGCUGCAAAAUCACAGCGAUAUUUCUGCUGCGUGUGCGGGUAUUGGGGGAAAAUUCGGUGCAAGAACUGUCAUUCGCGGACUUGUGGAUUGGAUUGUUAUAAACUUCAUGAGGAUUCGAGGUGUGGGGCGUUCUAUUAGGCCGUUCAAGUGGCUUGGAUAAUCUGGAAGUACUUGCUGCAAGGUUACUAUUCUUGCCUGAAUCGCUAUACCGGAAACGCCGAGUUUACUUCAUUUGGACUGACUACACAGGCUUGGAAUCCAGUCUGCUAUCGCACAACCACGCGGAGUUGGGUAGCAAAGCAUCCCUCGUUCCAUUGUGAUAAGGACCUCAUAGAAGGCCCUGAGAGUUGCCACCGUCUGGCCACCAUUAGAGCCAUACUCAAUUUGCUCCCCCCCUCCUCUCUGGGACUCCACCCCUUCUUUUGGAAGAGUUCACGCGACUAAUCGAGUUCUUGCUAGAUCCUAUGGACUAGGAUGGUAGAUCGAUGUGACUUGCUCGGUUGCACAAGAGGAAGUAAAGCGUCCAUGUUCGUCAGAUUAUGGCCACCAUAGCGUGUUCCUAGGAUUUCUGAGUUUGUCUCAUACAACUGGCCAUCACAGCUGGCUGUAUUUACUGGUCACCUGUAUCACUCAGAGCCGUCAAACCAGGACAAACAGAGAAGGGGAGCUCAGAAAUAUGAACCAAAGCCCUAGGUCCCGCGUGCUGGGCCGCACAUCUUAUUCAAAUCCGGACAAUGUUCAACAAACAAUGAGGAAAUUACAGAGCUAAUAUUAUACCCUAAUGGAAAUAUUUGACUUUCGAUUUU